AACCAUCCCUGCAUGUGCCUUUCACGCUACGGAACAGACUAGAGCUUGUCAUCCUUCCUCUCCGAUCUCUGAUCCCAACCUCCACCUCCUUUCUCUUCCCCCCUCUAAACUCAAAACUCUCACACGCCGGUAGGCCAUGGCGUCUACAAUCCUCUCCUCUCCAACAGUCUUUUUAUACCAAAUCCUGGCCAGAAAGCCUUCUUCCUUCUGCCGCGGAGGCCUCGGUUUUCUAUCCCCUUCCACCCCCGCUCCACCCCGCCCCAAAUCUUCAAUUAUCAAUCCAUUGAUUGCUGGGCGCAAGCGCGGUUCGUUUGUCGGCUUCGUGGGAAAGGAAGACGGAUUGGUGGAGGAAGAAGAGGAUUUGUUGGCGAUGCGGAGAGCGAACGAAAGUAAUCGUGUGCUGCGACGGUCGGAGAGUAAGAGAGCGGAGCGGAGGGCGUAUUUGGUUGCGGCAAUGAUGUCAAGCUCUGGAUUCAUAUUUACGGCGGCCGCAGCUGUGUACUAUAAAUUUGCCUGGCAAAUGGAGGGAAGCGAAGUUCCAUUGACGGAAAUGGUGGGGACCAUUUCUCUAGCUGUGGGGGCCACAGUAGGCAUGGAGUAUUGGGCCCGAUGGGCACACCGGGCUCUAUGGCAUGCGUCACUUUGGCCCAUGCAUAAGUCGCACCACAGGCCGCGGGAAGGCCCGUUUGAGGUCAACGAUGUCUUCGCGAUCAUUAAUGCUAUCCCCGCCAUUGCUCUCCUCUCCUUCGGUUUCUUCCAUCGUGGUUUCUUCUCCGGCCUAUGCUUCGGUGCGGGGCUGGGAAUUACACUUUUCGGGAUGGCUUAUAUGUUCGUCCACGACGGUCUGGUGCACCGACGAUUCCCGGUGGGUCCCAUUGCUAACGUCCCCUAUUUCCAGCGUGUGGCCGCCGCUCAUCUGAUCCACCAUACAGAUAAGUUUAAUGGCGUCCCGUAUGGGCUAUUUCUGGGCCCCAAGGAACUGGAAGAGGUGGGAGGGACGGAGGAGUUGGAAAGGGAGAUUAAGAGAAGGAUUAACUGAAUUUAUAGUGUAUUGUUUGAUUAUCAUACUCUUUAGUUUGCAAAUCUCUGUCUUGUCGUCCCUGUAAUUAAGGAUUUAGGAAUGAAGAAAAAGGCACGCAGCUUAAUCCACUGGGGCUGUGUGUUUACACAGUUGCUGUAUUAUCUUCAUAUUCUAAUAAAUAUAAAUAUUUUAAUGAGGACAAAUUAAGCGCAAUUUCAUUAAUUACGAAUCUGAUU